AUGGCUCCUCACAGACUGCAAGUCGCUGUUGCCGGUCUCGGCCGCAUGGGCGCCCGACACGCUUUGAACAUCUUGAACAAGACCCCCCGCGCUGAGCUUGUCGCCGCAUUCUCUCCAGAUCAACAAGAGCUCAAAUGGGGCAAAGAGCACCUCGAGCCAUACGGCGUGACACUCUACGACGACUACAAGAAGAUGCUCGCGCACAAGGGUCUCGAAGCUGUAGUGAUCGGCACUGCAACCUCGGUGCAUGCUGAGGAGACUCUCCAAGCUAUCGAGAAGGACCUACACGUCCUUUGCGAGAAGCCUCUCUCCACCAGUGUUCAGAUUUGCCAGGAUGUCGUCGAUGCAGCUGCGAAGAAGCCGCACCUCAAGGUCAUGUGCGGGUUCUCCAGACGAUUCGACGACAGCUACCAAGAUGUUGCGAAGAAGAUUGAGGAAGGCGCAAUCGGCAGACCAACUGUUGUUCGGUCACAAACCUGCGACAGGCAACACCCUGACCCAGACUUCUUCGUUCAGUACGCUGCAUGGUCUGGCGGUGUAUUCGUCGACAUGUCCGUGCACGACAUCGAUCUAACUCUAUGGUACUUCGGCUCCAACGUGGUACCCAAGUCCAUCUCCGCGAACGGUGUUGUCGCCAUCCUGCCAGGCCUCAAGCAACACAAGGACUAUGACAACGCCGUUGGUAUCGUUGAGUUCUGGGACGGCAGAAUCGCACACUACUACGCCUCUCGCAUGAUGACGCACGGUCAAGAGGAUGUUACCGAGAUUAUCGGUACCGAGGGAAAACUGACCGUCAACCUCAACCCCCAGAAGAACCUCGUCAACUACUACUCAAAGGCCGGCAUCACCCGAGAGGUACCCAGCGACUACUGGGGUCGAUUCGAGCCUGGCUUCGUCAAGGAGGCGAAUGAGUUCACUGCGGCGUGCUUGGAUAACACCCCUGUACCAUUGGAGUUCCAGAACGCUGUCAAGGCUGUGCAGAUCGGAGCUUGGUUGCAGGAGGCACUUGUCAGCGGGAAGCAGAUUCGAUUCGACGAAAGCGGCAAGCGUAUCGACCGCGCAAACUUAUAG